AUGGUCGAGAAAGCUUUGGGUGCCAGGAACAUACUCCUUAAAAGCGAUUCUAAUUUGGUAAUAGGGCAGAUAAAAGGUGAAUAUGAAGUAAAGGAGGAUAGGAUGCAAAAAUACCUCAGGCUGACGAACCACCUAUCCCAAGAAUUUGAUCGGGUAGACUUCACACAAGUCCCCAAGAACCAGAACUCAGAAGUAGACGAAGUAGCAAGGCAAGCAUUGUCAGAAGAAGGAACAAUGUUUGAAAUACCAAGGACGAUAAUAUCAAACAAUGGACACCAGUUCGACAGUCAAGAUUUCAGGAACUUCUGCUCAGGACUAGGAAUCAAGAACCAGUUCUCUUCACUGGGACAUCCACAAGCCAACAGACAGACGGAAGUGACGAAUCAAACGUUGUUGAAGAUCAACAAAGUUCGACUAGAGGAGGCAAAGGGCACAUGGCCGGAGGAACUGCCUAAUGUCUUGUGGGCUUAUAGAACCACUGCGAGGACCCCUAUAGGAGAGACACCGUUCAGACUCACCUACGGCACCGAAGCAGUAAUACUAGUCGAAGUAGGAGUCACUAGCAUGAAAAGAGAAGUUUUUCAAGAAAAUAGCAAUGAGGACCAACUGAAGGUCAACCUGGACUACUUGGACGAAGUAAGAGAAGAAGCAUCUCAGAAGAUGGCCAAGUAUUAG